AUGGUGAUUGAUGGCGCCACCCUCAAAGUCAGACCAAAUCUCCAUAACAUUCUGCUCCGGAUCCGACAGAAGGCCUUCAAGCUACCGAUCUGGAUCGAUGCGAUUUGCAUAAACCAAGAAGACGAAACAGAGAAGGUUCAACAGAUUCAGCUCAUGUCACAGAUAUACUCGACCGCUGAGAGUGUGAUUAUCUGGCUUGGUGAGGAGUCUAGCUAUACCAGACAAGCUGCCAAGGCGUUGAAGAAGAUUGAAAGGAGAUUUAUCGAUGACGGAUAUUUCGAUCGAACCCAGAUGACGAGAAACGCGGAACGAGGCAUUGGAGAGAUGCUUACCAGUCCGUGGUUCAAUCGGCUCUGGGUACUUCAAGAAGCUAUCAAAGCCAGACACCGUCUCGUACUAUGCGGCAGCCAUUCUAUUGAUUUAGAGGCAUUAGGCUUUGCAGCGAACUAUUUCCGCGACAACGGCCUGAUCGCGAGCUAUCUCAAGGAUAACAACACCGAGCUUGCCCUCACAGGCUUUGGAUGUAUUCAGGAGAUCCAACAAUUCGAGACAUCGAUCCGCAUUGGCGAAUGGUGGCCUGCGACAGACAUGUGCCGGGAAAGGGGUUGUUCUCAACCCAAAGACCGUAUCUACGCCAUCCAUGGCAUCGUCCCGGGUAUUCAUGAGCGAAUGCAAGGUAUCAGGUCUUAUCGAUUUGAGCCCACGACCACUGUGAAGGACCUCUACGUGCCGUUCACGGCGAUGCACUUGGAUCCAUUUGGAAGAACGAUUCGAACGGCGCCAGCAAAAACCAGAGAUCCAACUCUACCCAGUUGGUGUCCUGACUACCACCAAAGUCGGAUUCACGAGCCUGUGGAUCUGGACAUAAGGUCAGACAUGGCGGAGGAGUACAAGAAGCUCAGCGGUGAAGAUGUGAUUGGCCGUGGUAAACCCUACAGCUGGAAUCAAAACAAAUCCAAAAGGCUUUUCGUCGAUGCUCUACUUGUGGAUGAGGUCCGACUUCCAUUAGGCCGCCUUGGCUUUUCGCGGGAAGUACCAUAG